CAAGUCGCACGUUUUUGUCCAGCUAGCCGGCUCGAAAACAAUUAAUAUUGUACGGUGAAAACAACAAUUUUGUGCACUUAUUUCAGUACACCUUAAAUCGGCGAUGGAGCGAAAACGAUUUAAUCAAAAUAAGCGUACGCAUGGCCCACCAAGGCAUGGUCCACCAAGGCACGGCCAACAUAAGCACAGUUCCAGCAAGCAUAACCCCGGGAAGAAAUUCAAUCAUUUAAACGACACCAUUCGGACGUCCUGUAUCGCGGAAAAAGACAUCUUCUGUACGGAAUAUGUUUCAAAGUUGGAAGGUUUUCAAGGUAUUCUAAAGUCGAGAUUUUCAGACUUCCACGUUAACGAAAUAAGCGCUGAUGGCGAAGAAGCAAUUCUAACGGAAGUUUCAGUAGUACCAACGAUACAGUUGGAGGAAGAAAACGUGCCUAAAGAUCAGAAAAAGGAGUUAGAGCGCUUAAUCGAAGUCGAGAACGUGAAACGGAUUCAGGAAAUAGUCGAUGGCGUCGGAGAGCCAUCUGUGAAAAUAGAUGUUACUAACUUGUCCAAAGAGGAUCGAACGGCAAUACAUAAUUGCAUAAAGGACAUUUUCGGUGCUGCCGUUGUGGGUUCGACCAUAACCGAAGGAGAUCGCAAGUUGAUACAGGUCACAAAGUAUAGCAAAAUGCAGAAAAAAGAUCGGCGAGAGAAAUGGAAAUGGCCCCAUGAGUAUACAUACUUCCUGCUUUACAAAGAAAAUAUUGACACGAUUCAGGCGACGCUUCUGCUUAGCCAAAGCUUAUGCUGUCCUCCCUCCGUGUUGACCUACGCCGGGACGAAGGACCGACGGGCUAAAACCACACAGUGGAUGUGUAUUAAGACGCGAGAGCCGGCCAGGAUUAUUCAAGCCGCACGAAGUACUGGGUGCGUUACCGUUGGUAACUUUUCGUUUAAACCAAACGUUCUGAAACUGGGACAACUGCAGGGUAAUAGGUUCCGCGUUGCACUCCGUCAAGUGACUGCCGACGAUGAAACCAUCAACGGUUGUAUGGAAGAGUUCCGCAAGAAAGGAUUUAUCAAUUACUAUGGUCUGCAACGGUUCGGAAACUGUGCUUCAGUGCCCACGUACAAGAUCGGCAUCGAAUUGCUCAAGGGUAACUGGAAGGAAGCGUGCGAUUUGAUAUUGCAGCCGCGCGAAGAUGAUCAUCCGUACAUGGUGCAAAUGCGAUCGACUUGGGCAGAAACUCACAAUCCUUCAGAAGCAUUAAAAACCCUUUCCCCAGCGAAUAAGUCGGUCGAAGCGUUACUGUUACGCCGCCUGGCAAAUCAUGGUGCAAAAGAUUACAUGGGCGCCAUUGGGUAUUUGCCUCGGAACGUACGAUUAUUGUACUUGCACGCUUAUCAAAGCUUGAUUUGGAACCGUGUUGCUUCAGAACGCAUUCGAAAGUACGGCUUUCAACCGGUAGAAGGAGAUUUGGUUUAUGUGGACAAUCACGAUAAAGCCACGAUUGCAGAGGUUGAAACAAUGAGUGGUGAUGAAGAUGGCGAUUUAAGUGCAAUUGAUGCGCUUCAAGCAGAACGAAACGAUGAUGCAGAACAAAACGAGCUUAAAGCAGAGGAUGGUGACGGUGGCACAGCAGAAAAAUCCUACUUCAAGAAUCUUGUACGACCUCUCACCGCAGACGAUAUCGCAUCGGAACGGUACACUAUGUUCGAUAUAGUUUUGCCACUUCCCGGGCAUGAUAUAACGUACCCGAGCAAUGACUGUGCCCGUUGGUACGAAGAGUCAAUGGCCGAAGAUGCGCUGUCGUCCGAAAAAUUGCAGUUAAAAUCGAAAAGUCUUUCACUGGCCGGAGCUUAUCGAAAAUUGUUUGUCCUACCAGGACGUUUGGAGUGGAAAAUUGUACACUAUGUGAACGCAACGGACACACUUAUUCUAUCUGAUUUGGAUAGAUUUAACAAAGUUCCAGAACCACCGUUUGUUGAGUGGGCAGCGAACGAGUCGGCUCAGAAAGCGGUUCUUUUGGACUUCCGACUACCUACGUCCACAUACGCUACGAUGGCUCUGCGAGAAAUUUUGAAAACCGAUACCUCGUCGAGUAAUCAACGAACAUUGGAAAAAUUAGGCCAAGCAGCCGCUAAGGCAGAAGAGCUGAAUAAGGAAAAAGAAUCUUCUCCACUGCUGCCGAAUGCAGACGACGAACCGCAAUGCAAAAGAGCGAAACAAGACAUGGUUAUGAUAAUGGUAUCAUCAACAGACCGUUCCCGAGAUCAUUGUGCUCCGCGUAUCGCUAAUCACCUAGUGCAAUAUCGCUGAUAUUAAUAAGUCAAUUUUCCUUAUCUACUCUCAAUAUAUUCAGCAUUUUAAGUGACUUUUUGAAGGAAAACAGCAACGAAGAUUGAAAAAUAAUUACAACCAAAAUUUUGCCAUUCCUUUUAAUGCUUGAAAUUGUUGCUCUUAUCUAAUCAAGCUCCCAAUUUCAAAACCACGUAUCUUCGUAUCCACAAGAGUUACCGUGUAUUUCGGGGAAUAGCUGUACCUUUUUUUCUUUCAAUCAAUUAAGUUUAUUUUUAUGAUCAUCGAAAUGAUAAAAUGAAAUGCAACAAUACCGAAGUAA